ACUUUAUUAUUAUUUUUUUGUUUUUAAAAUACGGGAGAAGCUGCCACGGCCCACGACCCCUGCAAAUCGAUCGGAAGCCAAAAGCUUACUAAUUUCGUCGUUGUUUGCAGGAGAAUGAGGGUCUGGUAGAGUCUUCUCCUUCUCAGUCCACUACGCUUCUUUCUCUCUCUUUCUCUCUUUCUUCCAUGUGACAAAAUGCUGAAUUCCACGGGAUUUUCACAUUUCCCUAAUUAUCCAUAACCUCCCACCUGCAUUUCCCACGUACUGUUACUUCCCACUCUCUUUCCAAAUCCCUGGAAUUCAAUUCCCAAUUCUCGCUUACUAUUGGAUUCUGCUAGGACUUCAUUUUUUCAUUUUUUAUUUUUUAUUUUUUUCUAUCUGGAUUUGACCCUUUGUGCCUGUUUUGGAUUUGGGGUUAAUUGGAGGGUUGAAUUCCGUGCAGUUUGGGCUUGAUUGAAUUGGGAAAUUCCGAGAUCUGGUGGGUUUUGUGUUGGGAUCGAAUUUUAAUCUGGUUGGUUCGGCGGUGAUUCGAAUUAUCGGUUUGGAUCCGAUCGGGGGAGAAACAGCGCCAUCCGAUGGCGCUGUUCAGAAGGUUCUUUUACCGGAAGCCGCCGGAUCGGCUUCUCGAGAUCUCCGAGAGGGUCUAUGUGUUUGAUUGUUGCUUCUCCACGGACGUUUUGGAAGAAGAUGAGUAUAAAGUUUACAUGGGUGGCAUUGUAGCCCAGCUACAAGAUCACUUUCCUGAAGCUUCUUUCAUGGUAUUUAACUUUAGAGAAGGUGAGAGGCGAAGCCAAAUUUCAGAUAUAUUGACUCAGUAUGACAUGACAGUCAUGGAUUACCCUCGGCAAUUUGAGGGGUGUCCUCUGCUGUCGCUGGAGAUGAUCCACCACUUCCUUCGAUCGAGUGAAAGCUGGUUGUCACUGGAAGGGCAACAAAAUGUGCUGUUGAUGCACUGUGAAAGAGGAGGAUGGCCUGUGCUUGCAUUCAUGCUAGCAGGUCUUCUGUUAUACCGGAAACAGUACACUGGGGAGCAGAAGACUCUUGAUAUGGUCUACAAGCAAGCUCCUAAGGAACUUCUUCAUCUUCUGUCUCCUUUAAACCCACAGCCUUCUCAGCUGAGAUAUCUUCAGUAUAUCUCUAGAAGAAAUUUGGGCUCUGAUUGGCCUCCAUCAGAUACACCUUUAUUUAUGGAUUGUCUGAUACUUAGAGUUCUUCCACUUUUUGAUGGGGGAAAAGGUUGCAGGCCCGUUAUACGUGUUUAUGGUCAGGACCCUAAAACGCCAGCUAAUAGAAGUUCUAAGCUUCUGUUUUCGACGUCAAAGGUGAAAAAACAUGUGCGCAACUACCUACAGGCAGAGUGUUUGCUGGUGAAAAUUGAUAUUCAUUGCCGUGUUCAAGGGGAUGUUGUUCUUGAGUGCAUCCAUUUGAAUGAAGAUCUUGUGCGUGAGGAGAUGAUGUUUAGAGUUAUGUUCCACACAGCAUUUGUGCGGUCAAGUAUUCUGCUGUUUAGCCGUGAUGAAAUUGAUGUUCUAUGGGAUGCCAAGGAUCAAUUCCCCAAGGACUUUAGAGCAGAGGUACUUUUUUCGGAUGCUGAUGCUGUUGUGCCUACUCUUACUACAGUCGUAGCGAGUGAAGAUGGAAAUGAGACAGAAAGUGCUUCACCUGAGGAGUUUUUUGAGGUGGAAGAGAUCUUUAGCAAUGUAAUCGACGCGCAAGAAGCAAAAGGGGAUUAUGAUAAUCAUGUGGGUCAGGACAAUACACGGGAUGAUAUUGUUCAGAAAGAAGUCUGGAAAGAGGAGUUGGAUCCUCACACAUUUCAAGACUGUGCAUCAGAUGAAGGAACACCCAAACAGGAUGUAAAGGUGGAUUCUAAUAUUGAUGCAGUGAAGGACAUUGCUGUUGAUGAUGUGAAGUAUAAGCUGGAUGAGAGGGUCCAUUCUGAUCUCCAUUUGGUGAAAGACAUUGCUGUUGAUGACGGUGUCAAUUUACAUUCCACGGUAGCUGCUGCUGAUAUGCAGAUAAAUCUUGAAACCAAGGAAGUGGUUGAAGAUGUAUCUGGAAAAUUGGAAGAGAUGGAAGACAACAAUGUUACACAGAAGAACUUGGAUUCCAAGGUCCUUAGACAAAAAUCUGAUAAAUUACUGCCUUCUGUCCCUAGGAAGCUGGCUGCAGUGAAUACAAAACCAACUGCAGAUACAGUUGUUGUCAAACAAAAGAUCAAGCAGCAAGAACCUCAAGGAGCUCAUGUAAAACUAGCGAAGCCAAAUGCAGUAUCUAGGUGGAUCCCUUCUAACAAGGGCUCUUAUACUAAUUCAAUGCAUGUAUCAUAUCCACCAUCAAGAAUUAACAUUGCACCAGCUGCUCCUGGCAGUAAUGCUUCGAAGGAUUCUAAUGGAGGUUCCAAAUCAAAGACCUCUUCUAUUACUGCUACCCCUGCCUCUGUGGUUUCGACUGAUGUGAUCAAUGAUUUGACAAGUUGUAAGGUGGAUCCUGUGAAGCCUUCAGACUCUGGACAAGAGACACUUGCUUCCUGCCCACCAUCAUUAGUUCCACCAAUUGAAGAGGCAGAUUCUUCCUCACCGACUCAAACACCACAUCUUAGCCCACGGCAAGUAGUGCCCCAUCCACCACCACCGCCUCCGCCUCCCAUUCGGCCCAUUUUUCCACUGCACGGUCGCCAGUUCACACUCCUGACCUCCUCCCUCUCCCCUUCCCCUCUUCCUGUAUCCGAUGAACGCAUCCCUUCCACCGAUCCUUCCACCUCCACCACUUCCACCACCCCUGACGGUUUCACCACCUUCAUUCAUCUCCCCAUCCGCCACCAAUUUAUUUUUCUCCUGCCUUCCCCGCUUCUCCCCUCUCCUCUCUUCCAGCGCACUUCUCCGCCACCACCUCCAAUGCGUGAAGCAGUGCCUCCACCUCCUUCAAUGUCUAGAGUGCCGCCUCCUCCAAUGCGUGGAGCGCCACCGCCACCGCCGCCGCCGCCUCCUCCAAUGCAUGGAGCACCACUGCCGCCGCCUCCUCCAAUGCGUGGAGCACCAGCACCACCGCCACCUCCUCCAAUGCCUGGAGCACCACCACCACCGCCCCCUCCUCCUAUGCGUGGAGCACCACCUCCUCCACCACCUCCUACAGGUCGAGGCCCACCUCCCCCACCUCCCCCAUUGCGUGGAGCACCACCGCCUCCACCUCCUCUAGGAGCUCGUGCGCCUGGCCCUCCAGCUCCACCUAGACCCCCAGGUGGUGCACCUCCUCCUCCUCCACCAUUAGGUGCCAAAGGACCAAAUGCUGCAGCUGAUGCGAGAGGGAUAGGGAGAGGGCGUGGGAUUCCACGUCCUACAGGGAUGGGGGCGAGUGCUACAGCUCCUCGAAGAUCCUCCUUGAAGCCUUUGCAUUGGAGCAAGGUAACCAGGGCUUUGCAAGGAAGUUUGUGGGAAGAAUUGCAAAGAUAUGGAGAGACUCAAAUUGCGCCAGGGUUUGACGUGUCAGAGUUAGAGAGCCUUUUCUCUGCAACUGUUCCAAAACCUGCUGAUGCAGGAGGUAAAUCUGGGGGACGACGCAAGUCUGUUGGAUCCAAGACUGACAAAGUCCACCUGAUUGACCUGAGGAGAGCCAACAAUACUGAAAUCAUGCUCACAAAAGUUAAGAUGCCGCUUCCUGAUAUGAUGGCUGCCGUUCUUGCAAUGGAUGCGUCAGUAUUAGAUGUUGAUCAGGUGGAGAAUCUUAUAAAGUUUUGUCCUACAAAAGAGGAGAUGGAACUUCUCAAGGGCUACACUGGUGACAUGGAGAACUUGGGAAAGUGUGAACAGUACUUUUUGGAGCUCAUGAAAGUGCCUCGUGUGGAGUCAAAAUUAAGAGUAUUCUCUUUCAAGAUUCAGUUCAGUUCUCAGAUUUCAGAAUUUAAAAAGAGUUUGAACACUGUGAACUCUGCAUGCGAAGAGGUCCGGAAAUCUGUCAAACUGAAGGAAGUUAUGAAGCUUAUUCUUUUGAUAGGGAAUACAUUGAACCAAGGAACUGCUAGGGGUUCUGCAAUUGGAUUCAAGUUAGACAGUCUUCUAAAGCUCACUGAUACACGUGCUUCUAACAGUAAGAUGACACUCAUGCAUUAUCUUUGUAAGAUUUUGGCUGAUAAUUCACCCACACUUCUUGAUUUUCACCUGGAGUUUGUUAGCCUGGAAGCUGCAACUAAGAUACAAUUGAAGUCUUUAGCAGAAGAAAUGCAAGCUAUAAUCAAGGGACUAGAGAAGGUCAGGCAGGAGCUGGCUGCAUCUGAAAAUGAUGGCCCUGUAUCUGAAGUUUUCCGUAAGACAUUGAAAGAAUUCAUUGGCGUUGCUGAGACAGAGGUGGCAUCUGUAACAAAUCUAUACUCUGUGGUGGGUAGAAAUGCAGAUGCACUUGCACUGUAUUUCGGUGAGGAUCCUGCCCGUUGCCCAUUUGAGCAGGUCACGGCGACUCUCCUAAACUUUGUAAGGUUGUUUCGGAAAGCACAUGAAGAGAACUGCAAACAGACCGAAUUGGAGAAGAAGAAAGCCGAGAAGGAGGCCGAUAUGGAGAAGGCGAAGGGCAUUAAUCUUACACGGAAGGCGGCAAGAUAAGAGAAGAUUGAGUAUCCCUGCGUAGGAAAUUGAGCUUCUGCCACACAGCUGAGCUCUGCCCCAAUGUUGCUGACUAGAUGAUGGCCAAGGACACAGCUUUUUUGGACUGUCAGAGGCCUAGCUUCAGUAUUGGUGCAACAGUAAGCCUUCCAUUGUGCUUUAAAUGAGGAGGCUCAAGUGUUCCUCGAGGCCUGCAGACCUUCAACUCUGCAAAAGUCUUAGCUGAACAUAUGCAUUGAUUGGAUGAUUUUCAAUCAGAUGGUCAUGGUUCACUAAUCAAUCACAUUAGAUAUCUCGCUGACAGACCAAAUUUUGACAAACAUUGGGCGGUUGCUAUCAGCGACAGAGAAGCGGAGGUACGGUACUCCAUAUAGGGCAACUGCUAUGGAGGUGGUUGGAUUUGGCCCCUCCAGCACCAUUUUGAGAAGGAAUUCUGUAAUCUUGGGUCAGUUUUUCGUUACUGAAUUGGUUUCCACUUUCACACCAUUCAUUUGGCAUAAUUUUUUUGGGCGCCAGAGCAGAUGCCUUGGGGAUUGUAAAGCACAUAGUCCAACUGUACCAUGAAACCUUGUACAAAGCUCUAACCUUUCCUUUAGAAGUCAUUCUUUCUCAUGUAACAUAAAAGUUAGUCAUUUUUAUGUUCCUUGUAGUUGAGAUUUUGAUAGGAACCCGUCAUGAAAGGUGUUGUAUAGGUGUCAGGUUGAGAAAGAGAUACUAGAAGACGGGCGGCUUUCUCUUUAGUGUAAUUGUAACAUAAACAAAAUAUAGGCUGCUGAGUAGAAAUUUGGUUGUUUCUUCAUUUGAUUAUUUACCAAAUUAUACACAUUCAAGAAAUGUCAAAAAGGAUUUCGGUUCUUCUCUCUUA